AUGGCUCCCUCGUCGUCCAAGGAAAAGCGUCUGGCGAAGCGUGCCGCUGAGGGCAAGGAGAAGAAGACUGUUGCCUCGCGCUCCAAGGCCAACUCAAAGACUGCCAGCGCUGCCGCUUCCGUCAACGGCGAUGAGCCUGAACUCGACGCCCAUGGAAACCCCAUCGUGUCGGACGAGCCAGCCACCUCGGCCGACAAGAUGGACGAAGUAAAGCGCCUUGCCGACCAGAUGGACAAGCAUGGUCUUUCCGACCGUGUCACCACCGGUGUUCUGGCCUCUACCGCCGCCAGCAAGGACGUCAAGAUCACCAGUACCAGUUUGGUGUUCCAUGGCCGUGUGCUCAUUCAGGAUGGCACUCUGGAAUUGACCAUGGGCCGCCGGUACGGUCUGUUGGGUGAGAACGGUUGCGGCAAAAGUACCCUCCUCAAGGCUAUCGCUGCUCGCGAGUAUCCCAUUCCAGAACACGUUGAUAUCUACCUUCUGAACGAGGGCGCUCCCCCAUCAGAGCUGGGUGCUUUGGAGUGGGUCGUCAAGGAGGCCGAGAACGAGAUGGACCGUCUCGAUAAGUUGGCCGAGAAGCUCCUCGAGGAGGAGGGCCCCGAGUCUCCUGUCCUGAUGGAUCUUUAUGAGCACAUGGACAAGAUGGAUCCCUCCACCUUCGCUACCCGCGCUGCCCUCAUUCUUACCGGUCUGGGCUUCAACAAGGUCACCAUCCACAAGAAGACCAAGGACAUGUCCGGUGGGUGGAGGAUGCGUGUCGCCCUUGGCAAGGCUCUUUUCGUGAGACCGUCCCUUCUCCUUCUCGACGACCCCACGGCCCAUUUGGAUCUCGAGGCCUGCGUGUGGCUGGAGGAAUACCUCAAGAAGUGGGACCGCACUCUUGUCUUGGUUUCCCACUCCAUGGAUUUCCUCAACGGUGUGUGCACAACCAUGAUCGACAUGAGGGAUAAGAAGCUGCUCUACUAUGGCGGUAACUACGACUCGUACAUCAAGACCCGCUCCGAACAGGAGACCAACCAGGCGAAGGCAUACCAGAAGCAGCAAGACGAAAUCGCACACAUCAAGAAGUUCAUUGCCAGCGCUGGUACCUACGCCAACUUGGUCAGACAAGCAAAGUCUCGUCAAAAGAUCUUGGACAAGAUGGAGGCCGAUGGUUUCAUCCAGCCCGUCCACCAGGACAGAGUCUUCACCUUCCGUUUCGCCGAUGUCGAGAAGCUGCCUCCCCCAGUUCUGUCUUUCGACGAUGUCAGCUUCUCCUACUCGGGCGAUGCCAAGGAUGAUUUGUACAAGCACAUCGACCUCGGUUUCGACAUGGACUCCCGUACUGCCUUGGUCGGGCCCAACGGUGUUGGCAAGUCUACUCUUCUCCGGCUGAUGACUGGCAAGCUUUCUCCUAGAGAAGGUGUGGUGUCGCGUCACACUCACUUGAAGCUGGGUCUGUACUCGCAGCACUCGGCGGAGCAGCUUGAUCUCACAAAGUCUGCUUUGGACUUUGUGCGUGACAAGUACUCGGAUAGAUCCCAAGACUACCAGUACUGGAGACAACAGCUGGGCAAGUAUGGUCUUUCGGGCGAGUCUCAGACUUCUCUGAUCGGUACCCUGUCUGACGGACAACGGUCCCGUAUCGUGUUCGCUCUGUUGGCCAUUGAAAGCCCCAACAUGUUGUUGCUGGACGAGCCUACCAACGGUCUUGAUAUUCCCACUAUUGACAGUUUGGCGGAUGCCAUCAACGCUUACAGCGGAGGUGUCAUUGUCGUCAGUCACGAUUUCAGACUACUCGACAAGAUUGCCAAGCAGAUUCUCGUGUGCGAGAACAAGACCAUUAAACAAUGGGAUGGUUCGAUCGGCGACUACAAGAACUAUCUUCGCAAGAAGAUGGUGGCUUCGGGCGCUGUCUGA